AGUCUUUCGGCUACUUUCACAGUGUGCAACUUCCACUCUCUGCCCGGGUAAUCGUAUCACAGAAUCAGCUGAAUUGGCUAUUUUUUCCUACUCUCCUGCUGACCCACGUCUGCGCCACGGUGGAUUGUUGACUCAGAGAUAUAGCUUGAGAAAUUAGAUCGGGAGUUUACGAAAUGUCGUGGAUUUAUUUGCUUUUCCUUAUCAUCUCUUCUGUGGAACUGUCAGCAUCGGCACAACCGGCAAUUCUGGAGGUGCCACGUCCAUGGCAGCUAGAGCCACCUACAAAGCAAAAUGUUCUCCUCCUUCUUGCUGAUGAUGGAGGAUUCGAAAUGGGAGCCUAUAGGAAUCGAAUUAGCCAAACACCAAACUUGGAUGCUCUGGCCAAGGAGAGUGUGAUCUUCAAUAAUGCUUACACUUCCGUUAGCAGUUGUUCCCCAAGUCGUGCAGCUCUCCUAACUGGGCUUCCAAGUCAUCAAAAUGGGAUGUACGGGCUGCAUCAGGGAGUGCAUCAUUUUGACUCCUUCGACUCAAUUUGGAGUGUCCCGAAGAUUCUCAGUAGCAAAGGCAAUGUUCGAACAGGAAUAAUUGGGAAGAAGCAUGUGGGACCAUCGGAAGUGUUCAAGUUUGACUUUGAGAGGACAGAAGAGGAGUACCCGAUUAAUCAAGUUGGAAGGAAUAUUACGAAUAUUAAGAAUUUAGUAAAAGAAUUCCUCCAUUCAAAUGACACACGUCCAUUCUUCCUCGUUGUGGCAUUUCACGAUCCCCACAGAUGUGGCCAUGUUACCCCGCAGUAUGGAAGUUUCUGUGAACGCUGGGGAAGUGGUGAGGAAGGAAUGGGUCUCAUCCCUGAUUGGCAUCCAAUCUACUACGUCUGGGAUGAGAUUGAUCUGCCGUUCUACGUACCGGACACGGAACCUGCUAGGAGGGAUGUUGCAGCUCAGUACACAACCAUAUCCCGUCUGGAUCAAGGAGUUGGAUUAGUCCUCAAAGAACUCAAAGAAGCUGGCUUUGAUUCCAACACUCUUGUUGUCUACACCUCAGACAAUGGGCCACCACUACCAUCCGGUAGGACAAAUUUCUACGAUCCUGGCAUUGCUGAACCGAUGUUCAUCAGAUCCCCAGCAGCUGAUGCAAGAAGGAAUGAAGUAACGUACACAAUGACAAGUCUAUUGGAUCUUGCCCCAACAUUUCUCGAUUGGUUUGGUGUGGAGUACCCCAAGAAGGCAAAGACAAAGCUCACGGGAAAAUCCCUUCUGCCCAUUCUAUCCGCAGAGCCACCAAAUGAUCCUGAUGCAGCUGUAUUUGCCAGUCAAUCCUACCAUGAAGUCACCAUGAAUUACCCAAUGAGGGCUAUCCGGACUAAACGCUACAAACUCAUCCACAAUCUCAACUACAAAUCCCCCUUCCCCAUUGAUCAGGAUUUCUACGUGUCGCCAACUUUUCAGGACAUCCUCAACAGGACAAUUGCCAAGCAAACCCUGCCGUGGUACAAAAAUCUCCAGCGCUACUAUCAACGAGAUGAAUGGGAGUUAUUUGAUUUAAAGCAAGAUCCAGGAGAGCUGAGGAAUCUCUUUGGCAAUAAAGCCAUGGACAAGGUGAAGACGGAACUGCAGGAAAGGCUGCAGAAAUGGCUUCAGGACACCAAUGAUCCAUGGCAGUGUGCUCCCCACGGGGUAUUGCAGAAUGUGGGGGAAUUUAAGGAUGAUCCCCAGUGCCUAACCCUGGGGCAUGAAGAUCUUUAAAAAUUAAAAAAUAAAUAAAAAAAUAAUCACAAAUAACUUAAAAUUAUAUUUUUAACACAAUUUUUUACAUUUUAAAUUUUUAAGAAGAAUUUCAGGAACGAAAAUUACAUUUUCAAAUUUUUUUUUAACAAAUGGGAUAGAUUAUGAUAUAAAUCUUUUCUUUUCCUUACAAAUUCGUCAGAGAUUUUUGAUAUUCUGGGAAGAAUCUUUAAAAAUUUGAAUAUUUUAUUUCUUUCUUAGUCAUAUUUUUUAAAGGAAAAUUGCUGUUCCAGGGCCCUUUAAAGGUCUUCCUGGCUGUUUUCUGAAACAAGAAAGUCUUUAUUUUUCUUUUAUAGAAUGACAAUAGAACUAUUUAUAAAAUACCAUAAAUGUCAGUAUCUUUUAAGAAAAGAAAAGAUUUUUAUCAGAAUUCAGUCCAAUAUAAAAUAAGAUUAAAUUAAUUGGUUAUUCUGAACACACGAAUGAAAUUGUUUAGCUCUCUAAUUAUUUUAGCUCUCUAAAUUAUUAUUUGAAAGUAAACGUAAAAUGUAAUUCAAAUUAGCUUUGCACCGAAGCUUUUUAAAAGAAAAAUAAAAUCGUUUUUCAACUAA